AAGUCUGUUUGUCAAAGUGCGUCGUCCUGCUGGGUUGGGCCAACGCUGCAGCGUCAGUCAGAUGGUAGUCACACUACACGAAACACGAAACUCAUGCUUCACCUCUAAGAAAAGCAUUUACACCGGAUCGAGGUUUACCAGCAGGUUUCGUUUUGCCUUCAGUAUGGCCGCUCUGGAGGAUGCGCCGUUUUCUCUGCUCAGUUUGGAGGAUGAGUUGAGCUGCAGUAUUUGCCUUAGUCCCUUUGAUUGUCCGGUGACCAUUCCCUGUGGACACAACUUCUGCCAGAGCUGUCUCCUCGCCACAUGGGGGGACAGUGCGCCAUUCAGCUGCCCACAAUGCCGCACGCACUUCGCAACCAAACCCGAGCUGAAGAAAAAUACAGUGCUCAAUAAUGUUGUGGCUACUUUUAAGGUGAGAGCCAACAACCCCGAGCCUGUAAAGUUAAUGGAGGCUAAAGAGGAGAAGGUCACUCCGGUUGUCCCAUCUACACCUGCUGUUAAAUGUGACACGUGCAUGGAGGCGCAGGCUUCCAAAACGUGCCUCACCUGCAUGGCGUCAUACUGCGAUGACCACCUGCGCCCCCACAGAGAAAACCCCGUCUUUCGGCUUCACCAGCUCACCGACCCGGUGGAUGACCUCACUGAACGGAUCUGCUCAGAGCAUCACAAACUCAUGGAGCUCUUCUGUCGUGAGCACAGCCAACCUAUCUGCAGCUUCUGUCUCCAACAAGCGCACAAGGGGUGUACUUUUGUGUCGCCGGAUGAGCAGAGAAACUUGAAAGAGACUGAUCUCCGAGCCAAGCUCUCAUUUUUGGAUGGGAAGAUUAUGAAAAAUGCCACUGUCCUUUCUCAAAUGAAGAAUCAGCAAUUUACUCUCAAGGACUCUGCAACCAACCGGAAGAAGGCUGUGUCAGUGGAGUUUCAGCAGAUGCGUGAGAUGUUGACCUUAGCAGAAAACGAGGCUCUGGGGGUGGUGGACCGUGAGCUGGAGACGGGACAAACCAAACUCGAGGGGCUCAUGAAGAAGUUUAAUGAAAAUGUGGACAACAUGAGCAAAGUCAAAGAGCAGAUCUACACACUGCUGGGACAGUCGCAAACCCAAGCCUUCCUCCAGGCUACAGUUAAUCUACCCCAAGCAGUAAAUUUUGACCCAUACACACCUCGCGUCAACCUGGACUCUAAAAGGGUCCUGGCCUCUCAGGCUUUUGCCACUGCCCUGAAAGAUUACUUGAGGGAGAUCUUCAGACAGCCUGUGGAAGCCAGAAUUUCAAUGAUUAAACAAGAUGUUGUGGUUGAAGGUAAUCCAUCUGGUGAAAGACCUCCACUAAUGCUCUUUCCUGGGCCUUCAAGUCCAGUGCCGCUACUAGAACCAGGAUUCAAAAAGCUCCCAAGGUCUCACAGCCCAGGCCCUGGUCUCACCAAAGUGCCACAGAAGAAGAAGCCACCAAAGCAAAACAAGUCUUCAGAAGGCAGUUUGGAGCACCUGAAUCGCUCGAUGGAUCGUUUGGACUCCAUGACAAAAGACAAACCUGGAGCCCGUCCUCAUGUGUCUGAACGGAAGGAGAAGCCCAGUAGGCCUCAGCCUCCAGAUCACAAUGACCAUACUGAGACGCCCCUGAACAUCACAACUGGAGAAAAACGAAAUGAACUUCUGAAAUAUGGCACGGUCCUAACUCUGGACCCAAAGACAGCUCACAAGCGCAUCCUCCUGACCGAUAACUUCACCAGAGCUGUAGUGUCAGACGAGCACAUAAACUACCCUGACUGCCCCGAACGCUUCGCAGUCUGCUCCCAGGUCCUCGCCUCAAAGGGCUUCUCUACAGGACGCCACUACUGGGAAAUCAAGAUGACCAGCAACAACUUCAUAGGCAUCGGUUUGGCUUACGACACCAUUGAUCGUAAGGGGCCGAAUAGUCGCUUGGGUAGAAACAAGCAAUCAUGGUGCGUAGAGUGGUUCAAUGUUAAACUAUCGGCGUGGCAUAACAGCAAUGAGUCUGUGUUGGCUAAUCCCAAUCCCAAACGUGUGGGCGUGCUGUUAGAUUAUGAGGGGGGAACUGCAACCUUUUACACUGUGGCAGACAGGGCCUAUCCCUUCCACACUUUUGUUUUCCCUUUCGCUAAACCAGUGUACCCAGCAUUCUGGAUCUUCUCAAGUGGGUCGUCUGUAAGUUUGUGCAAGCUGGUACCCUAAGAUGCAAAGAUACAGACACCUACCAAUAAAAAACGGUAGAGAGGAAAAGUACAUUUAUAAAAAAAAAAAAAAAAAAAAAAAAAAUCUGAACACGUGGUCCUAAAUAAAAAUAAUAUAACGUGUUUGAUUCGUAUAACCUGCAUAAUAAAUUAACCAUUAACAGUACACUUU